CCAGAGCCCCUAAGACGGCGGGAUGACCACGGAACCCAGAGACGUCCUGGUGCAGCUGCCCACGCGGGAGCAGCUGCGGCUGGUUGUGGGGCUCCUGGGGUGACCCCGGCUUCCAUAGAAAUCUCCGAGGCCCCGACUGGCCUGAGUCUUCAGGGCGAUGACGCUCCUGUGCCCUUCCUCCUCGAAGUCCACACCCUCCCCCAGGGACGCCCGCCGCUCUGCGAGGCCGCUGUCCACCUGCCCCCGGGGAGUCCCGGGGAGGCGCCGCGGGGCUGCCUGCCUCCCCUCUGAGCGCCAGCCCCCCCCAGGCCGCGCCUCGCCUCUACCCACCCCCGACUCGGGCCCCUUCCCCGAGGAAGGCUGGUUACACAGCCCGUCGGUUCAGCAGUUUGUUCCCAACGCCCACGCGCGGCCGGUAGCACUUGUGGACGGUGUGGCCCACCGAGGCCCCGAACCCUGACCUGGUGCCACCCGCCAGCCGGGGGCGCCCCGAGACCACGGGACUUCGUCUCAAACACAGACAAAGACGCCUGGGGCAUCUCUGGGGGCGGCCGUCCGAGCAAAGGCACGAGUUCCGAAGUGCUUGUUACAGAGCUGGUGGCUCUUCCACGGACCCCAUCAGAGGGUCCAGUCGUUUAAGAGCCAGACCAGGAGGCUACCUCCUUCCGGAGGACCCACACGGCCCUGUGCAGUCAUGGCCCCCUCGCCAAGCUGUCCCUGCCCGGGCCACCGGUCACCCCAGGGAGGGCGGUCCCCAGGGGGUGGUUUUCGUGGCGUCCCGCGGUCACAGAAGUGUCAGCCACCGUCUGGUCUCCCCGCAGACUCACUCCUGCUCUGUCCUCCCUCCCUGGCGAGGCCCCGUCCCUCAGUGGGAGAAUCAGGAGAUCAGGGUCCAGAUUCCACGGGGCUUCUCGAGGCGACAAGAGGCGGGGCGGGCCAGGGGUGCCGGUCUCCGUCGCUGCGCAUCAGCCGUUGGGGUCGUGGGGACAGUCGUGGAGCAAACAUGAGUGGGGGCCCGCUGGGCGGACAGAGGGGUGGGCCCGUCGUGGUGCCACGCUGGCGCCUUGGAGCCUCCCGGGCUCUGACUCGCGCUGCUGUCUCUCAGCCCUUGCUGGUGGGUCGUUAGCAGGACAGGUCAGGUCCGGUUGGGGAAUGGUGGUCCUCUCCAGUUUUUACCAACUAGGUGAAAAGUGAGGUGAUAAGUUCCCCUAGUCGAGGCGCCCUCUGGUGUCCAGGUUACUGUCACCCUCUGCCCUCAGCUGCCUCCACCCCUCCCCGUUCUGUACUAGAAGCCCCCACGCGGAGCACCCGUGGGGGGCUUAUGCACACCGUCCCACUUAACCCUUGAGCGGAGGGUCCCUGGUGGACACAGCCAGCAUGCCCUUCCUGGGGACACCGAGGGACAUCGGAGCAGGAACCUCCGUCCCCUUUGUCCGUCCCCUUUCGCAUUCUGGGUGGGUUGAGAGGGGCAGGAAAACCCCUGGAAAAUUAGCCAGCCCCAGAGAGGGGGUUUGCGUUUUGAGGGGAAGUGUGUCCAUGAAAAGGUGGGACUGGCUGGCGGAGAGGGACUGUACCUCCGAGGACUGGUCGGGGUCGGGGGGGGGGUGGAAUGCUCUUACAGGCAGGACGGCUGGCUGGCUGGCGAUGGCGUAGUUCAAGUCCCCCGGGAAUUACCUGCUCAGGGACACGCUUCCGUGUUUAAGUCAAUGCCAAUUGGCGUUAACGACAGACUCUCUCCAAGCCUCGGUUUACCUGUCUGGUGGGGAGAAGCUGGAGCUGAUCAGAAGGUCUUCCGGGGGUCCCUGCCUCCUUCGAGACGCCUCAGGCCCCAGGAGGGGCAGUAGGAGGACUUGGGUGGGGAGAGGCGGGUGGGGCGGGCCUGGGCUGUGGCCCCGACACACGGAACCCGGACCGCGGCUUUCACCUGUUUCCUCGGCUUCGCUGUAGGGUUUUAGCAGGAGGAGGAGCGAGCGAAGAGUGAAACCCGCCGGCUGAGGUCUCAAGUCUCAGCCGGUGACGGGGUGACCGAGGCCGUCCACGCAGCUUGGCACCCACACCCCGCCAGCUUACUUUCAGGGUGUGCCCACCGCGUGAGCCGUGGGGGCGGCCCCGUGUGUGACCCCCACCUGUCUGAACGUCCAGGUGGUAGAAAGUUACGGCCACGUUACCGCCACGGCAGAGCUCAGUCCACAUCUGCUGCCACACGGAGUGGAUGAGGACGAAACCAGCGGCACAGCAACUCGCCGCUAAAAAGUAGAGACUCGUCAUCUGACUUGAGACGGUGUAGAGACACUUCCAGAAACCACAGAGGCUGCGCGAGCCCGCGGGCGCCGUGCUGGGCACACAGGCCUGCCCCGCUCCGGCCCGCACCGUCCGUACGAGGACGUGUCCUCUCCCUCCGAGGGCCGUGAGCCUGGGCUGCCCGCCUCGAACCAGGAUUUUCCACCCAGAGGACACCAGAGACGCAGCCUGGCCACGAGGGCACGUAGAGCGUGUGGCGCCUCCCUCCAGCCCGGGAAGCGCAGGGGACAGAGGAGGGGCCGGAAGCCGAGACGCGAGGGGGGUCCAGGCCCCGGGCAGCGCUGUCAGCUGCUCCAGCACCGGCCCUUUCCGGGGUCCGGGGUCCAAUCAACAGAGUGGAAAGAAGUUGGAAAUACGAACUUGCUGGAUGUCUGAUGUUAAGACGGCUCCGUUUCCAGGUGCGGGCCACCUGUCGUGAGCUCUUCCAGAGGGUGUGUGAUGUGACCAGCAUCAAAGAAGCCCACUUCUUUGGCCUCAGCGUGGUCAGAGACAACGAGUUCAUGUUCAUGGAUUUGGAGCAGAAGAUCAGCAAGUACUUCCCCAAGGACUGGAAGCGGCAAGUGCACAAAGGUGGGAGGCCCCGCGCGCCCUUCGUGAGCUUCCUCAGGGUGCAGUACUACGUGGAGGAUGGCAGGGUCAUAAGGGCCAGAUCUGGCCUCUUACCAAGGCCACCCCCGCCUUCCAGCGACAAGACGGCCAGGCACCUGUACUACUGCCACCUGAAGGAGCGUGUGCUGAGGUCCGAGUGCACCCACCGGGAGGAAGCCUACUUCCUGCUGGCCGCCUACGGGCUGCAGGCCGACCUGGGCAACCACCGGGAGCUGGUCCACGUGGGGAGGUACUUCGAACCGGAAGCCUACUUUCCGCAGUGGAUCAUUGCCAAGAGGGGCAGCGCCUACAUCCUCAGGCACGCGCCCGCCGUGCACCGUGAGCAGCGGGGCCUCGACCCCAAGGAGGCAGUGCUGCGCUUCAUCAGGGAGGCCUGCCGGCUCGAUGACGUGCCCGUCCACUUCUUCAGGCUGUACAAGGUCGACAGGGAUAAGAAGGAGGACAGGCCUACCAUCAUCCUGGGACUGACCCUCAAGGGAAUGCAAGUCUAUCAGGAGGCGGACCACGCUCCCAAGCUGCUCUAUGACUUCCCCUGGUCCCACAUCGGGAAGCUGGUGUUUCUGGGGAAAAGGCUGGAGAUCCAGCCGGACGGGCCGCCGUCAGUGCGGAAGCUGGUGUAUUACACGGGCUGCGCCUCGCGCUCCGGCCACCUGCUGCGGCUGUUCAGCGCCACCCACCUGCUGAGGCUCACGCUGCGACCCACCCUGCGGAGGCUGCAGCAGCUGGAGGAGGCGGAAGAGAAGCAGCACUAUCGGGAGUCCUACAUCGGCGACAUGCUGGACCUGGACCGAGACCCGGGUGACAAGGGCUCCCCGGGCUCCCCCCGCAGCGGGCAUGGUGGCCGGCAGCUCCCGGAGCACCCGUCCCUCGGCUCGGCUGACAGCAGCAGUAGCCCCCGCUUGCGAGGCAUCGAGGCAGACGCUGGGCCUGCAGAGCCCUGGGGAGUGUCGGUGGACGAGCCCUGGGGCACCGAGGCCGUGCUUGGGGAGGCGCCACCCUGCAGCCCCAGCACCAGCCAGAGGAGCCACGGCACAGACGGUGGCCACGGAGGCGGGUGCGAGGGGGAGGCCCAGGACCGGGGAGACGCCUCUUGCAAGGAGCCCUCGGCGGCCGUGCAGGUCGGGCUCAUCAGGACGUGGGGCCACAGCGAGGAGGCCCUGCACCAGGUGGCUCGGGGGUGGCCCCCACCCGUCCACUCUGGAAGGAAGAUGUUGGCUGUUCCCGCGUGUGGGAGAGACCCUUCCGGUUCCCUCUGCACGGACCCUCCCCCCCGCAGUGGAUGGCCAGACCAGGUGCACAGCCUUCUGGGAGCCUUUGACCCAAGGUCACGGUCACCUGUCACGGCACCGGCCCCAGCUUCCUCUAGACCGCCCCGCCGCCCCUGCUGCUCACAAUCCCGGAGGCCUCUCUGUGAGGUGUGGGCCCAGCUGUCACCCCACGACAGACCUGGCCGGUGGGUGACCCCUGCCCACCCCUCACACGAUGCGUUCACCGCAGGGCUCCAAGCCUGCAGUCGCACGGCACGUGGACGCCCGGUCCCUGCGGGGCCUACGGAGCCCGAGAGGCGGCUGGGCCAUCCCGAGAAGCCAGGAUGCAGAUUCUGAAUGUUCCUGGCCCUGCCCCCCCAAGACCGAGCUGAGCGUCCCGUCCCUUUCCAGCAGAGGUCACGCGGGUCACUGACCCGCCGUCCCCAGGGGCGGCCGGGGCUCCCACAGCGCGGGUCACCCGUUAGGGCUCAGAAGGCGGCGGGUGAGAUAGGGCAGGGUGGGGACUUGACCCAGCCGCCCCCUCGGCCCGGACCCAAGCUCCACGUCUGGGGCUGGAGAGACUUCAGGGCUUCGCGCGGCCUUCCCGAUGGGGCGGAGGUUUACAGGUCAUGCCGUGGCGGGUCCUGGAAAAGUGUGCUUCUGAGGGACAGCACCCUGCCCUCGGGGCUGUGCCAUCGGUGCGUUGAGAGGCCGUGAGCAGGCAGCACGUGACGGCAGGUGCGUGGCCUCGGCCCCAGCCUCAGCGGCCAGCUUGCCGUUGGAGCACUGGGGCAGGAGCACUGCGCCAGCCUCCACAGGCUGGGAGGACAGAGCGGGGUCCUCCCAGACGGGAGGUUCAAAGGCGGGGUGGCCUCCCGGGGCCGGGGCACGCUCCCCUCCCCAGGUCCAGGCCCGGCUGCCAGGUGGCCUUCCCGCGGCCAGCCGCCACCUGGAUUGGCGGAGGGGGUGCGCGUCAGCAGGCUGGUGGCCUGUGUCCCCGGAGGAAGGCUGGGCUGGCGCUGCGUCCCGGCCGCCUCCCGACCCCAAGUGGGCCCCUGCCUCCCGUCCAGAGACCUGAGCGGGCGCUGGGAGCAGGUGCGGUGCGAGAGGGGUGGUAACAGGCCCUGAGCCUGACGGGUGUUAGGGUGCGGCUCGUUUUACCCGGGCCCCUCCCGCCUCUGCCCUGCACAGGAUCUGACGCCUGCUGUCCCCUUGAUCAGAUGGACUGGCACGUGUCCGUCUGGUAGUCCCGAGCACUCGGCGGUGACUGGAAGCCCGCUGCCACAGGGCCCUGUGCCUGUGACAUCGCCCGUCUCCUGUGCUCGUGCCCCGAAGGCCACGCCGGCGCGGCCAGCUCAGGCUCAUUUUGGAGACAGAGGGCAGAACUUGAGCCCGUGUGUGUGGGUGCACAUGUGUGUGGGGGCACAUGCACAGGUGGGUCCACAUGCACACACAUGUAUGUGCGAGUGUGUCCGUGCACGCACACAUAUGUGCAUGGGUCCACACCUAUGUGUACACACAUGCAUGCAUGCACGGGAACGUGUGCACGUGUGUGGGUCCGUGUGUGCACGCACGCACGCACACGGCAAGUCUGAUGCCGCCCGGGCCGGGCUUCCUGACCCUUUCUGUGAAAGGAAAUCUGGGUGUGUGCACACUGGCACGUGUAAUAAAGGACCUAAAUACA